AUGUCUCUUGUCAACCUCGCCCACGUUUGCUCCCAUCUAAACAACGCCACCAAGGCCCGCCUGGGUCUCACAUCCAUCCCGAACACGCAGCUACACCUGAAACUGUGCCUUGCUCUGCAGAACUCUGGCUACAUCUCUUCUGUCGUCCGCGGAGGCCCAACUCCCCCUCCUCAACAUACUCUCCUGGGUGUUCCCUCGGUAAAUGAUGAAGUUGAAGGUGUACAAUCGUUGACCCAAAGCAAUGUCGCCUCAAGGCGUCUUUGGCUCGGGCUGAAGUACUGGCAGAGCGAUCCCGUCCUCGGCAAGAUGAGCAUGGUUAGCAAGCCUAAGAGAAGGGUCACGAUCGAUGUCGCAGGCCUUCGAGAAGUGAUUCGCGGAGAAAAGAGUGGGUAUGUGGAAGGCUUGCGGUCCCCCGGCGAAAGUUUAUAUUUAUCGACGGACCGCGGUAUCAUGGAAGCGCGAGAGUGUGUCGAGAAGCAGGUGGGAGGCUUGGUUCUUUGCCGGGUGCUCUAA